CCCGGAUACUAGGCAUUUAUGUACGUGAAGUCCUAACAGCUUACAAGCCAGCCACAUCGGUUUUUUGGAGUCCUAUAAAUAUCAUGGUAUGGACAUGAAAGAGUCUGCUUGAUUUAUAUUUAGGUAGAUAGAUUUUAUUGUCUCAGUGGCGCUGGUGACUUGCACAGAGCCUUACCACAACAUCUCAUCCCACCCCUUUGUAUGCUGUCUUUCUCUACCCCUCGUCUGCUCCCUGCGCUUGGUAACGUCAAUCCUCGCUCUUCGCACUAUUUCCUCUCCAGUAUUAAGUUCAACUUUAUAUUAUUACCAGCUUUUUUAGUUAACCGAUAUGAUGGAGGGCAUAGCUAGUGCAUUCUCAUGGCCGUACUUCGCUCUUUCGGUCACAGUUUAUUUCUUGACCUUGGCCUUUUAUCGGCUCUUUCUUCAUCCUCUGUCUCGAGUCCCCGGUCCUAAACUAGCUGCCAUUUCACGCUGGUAUGAGGCAUACUGGGACGUAAUACAUAACGGUCAAUAUACCUUCAAGAUUGCUGAAUUACACAAGCGAUAUGGUCCCAUCAUACGCAUCUCCCCGUAUGAAUUACACAUCAAUGAUCCUGAUUUUUUUGACCAGCUCUAUCGGCAAGAUGGUGUUUGGGAUAAAUACGAUUGGGCGGUCAACGCUUUCGCCACAUAUGGUGCAUUGCUCUUCACUACCCAGCAUGAAUUGCAUAAAGCCCGUCGGCAGCCGUUGAACGCGUACUUCUCCAAAUCCAGGGUAAGUAGCCGUCAGAGUGUUAUCAAUCGGCAUAUGGACAAGCUCUGCGAUCGAAUUUCCGCGUUCGCCGAAUCUCACAGAACUUUCAACCUUGGUGCCGCUAUUACUGCCGCUGUGCGGGAUGUUGCUUUCGAUUUCAUUCUCGAUAAGAACUAUAGAAGUCUUGACAAAGAUGAUUUUGACGAACCAAUGGUGAUGGCCAGCAGCGGAUCAGGUCAGGUUUGGCGGGUGUCGAAACAUAUGCGGUUUAUUGCGCCAAUUCUCAGAGCUGUGCCAAUUGACUGGAUCAUAAAGUAUGGUAACCAUGGAACAAAAUUGUUUUUCCGGUUUCUGAAGGAAUGCCUAGAGGAUACGCGAAAACUAGUAGAUUCGGUGAAGUCGUCUUCGCCCGACCAGAGUAACGAGGCCAGCAUAGUACACGAAAUUUUGAAAUCAAAACUACCAGCGUUAGAAAAAACCACAGAUCGAAUUUUUGACGAUGUGUCUACAAUUACUGGGGCCGGAUUCGAAACAACUGCCGGUGCUCUACGCGUGGCACUCUUCCACGUGUUUGACAACCCAGAGAUCCUGCAACGCCUGCGUACUGAGCUUGCCACAGUGGACUCCCGCGACUUGAAGGUCCUCGAGCAACUCCCAUACCUGAAAGCUGUUUUAAUGGAGGGCUUGCGCAUAAGUCCGGCACUUGGUACACGCAUGGCUCGCAUCGCUCCUGAUAGGGACCUCUUCUACAAGCAUUGGCGAAUCCCCGCCGGCACGCCUGUUGGAAUGACACUUGUGCUAUUGCAUGCUGACGAAACUGUGUAUCCCGAGCCCCGAAUUUUCAACCCCGAUAGAUGGUUAAGCCAUGACGGCGAACAUAAGCUCGACAGAGCCUUUGCCCCUUUUCUCAGGGGAACAAGGGCUUGUCUUGGCAUGCACCUCGCGUGGGCCGAGUUAUAUCUGCUGCUUUCUGGCCUAGUAGAUCGCUUUGAUUUCCAUUAUCUGAAUAGCCGAGCUGAGGAUUUCGAAUGCAAUAGCGAUCAGUUUGCGAUCGGUACCAAGGGCAAGGGUGUUUUAGAAGCUACUGUCUCUGUUAGGAAUAGUUAACAAGGUAGCAGUUUUCGUAGUACGUGUAUGAUAGACUGAAUGCUCCAGUGAGUAAAAGGCUAGUUGCAAUUAACCUCCUGGUAGUCUAGGGCUUAAUAAACUGUUGAAUAGUAAACCCUCUAAUUCUUAAAUGGGGUCCUACAUCCCGACUCGGACGGCGAUACGCCUCACGGCCCCUGCAGUGCGCACGAGGGAUCAGUUCAAGGUAGUAUUAAGUGCUCUAGCUAGC